AAAUUAUACUCCGAGUAAUAAACCGAUUGAUACCAUGCAACAUGUGUUGGAUGCCUAUUUCCCGGAGAUUUUUUUUUUCUCUCCCUAAAUAUAUUCGAGUAAAAACAUUUCUUAAUUUAAAUAUGUAAUAUUGGAAAAAAUGGUGGCAUGCAUGGCAGUGAAUAUCUGGGACGUAUGGAGUCAGGGGACAGUCCCAUGCAUGCAAAGAAACGUUCAUUUGCAGGUCCGGAAAGUGUGGAAUCCCAUGCAACGUGUGUCCGCCUUUUGUUUCGGAUCACCAUUCACUUCCCACUUUCUCUCUUUCUCUACUUUUGUUUUCGGUUCUGAAUUUUUGGAGUUUCUGAUUUCUCAAUCUCUCUAUGCCCAUCAUCGAUGGACGAACACAUCGAAGACGACGAACGCGACGCCUUGGCCGCCCUCAGCUCCUCCGUCCCACGCCGCAAGACCCACUCCUACAGCCAGCAGCUCCGUGCCGGCACCGGCCAAAAGCGCCAACACCAGGUCCGCAAUCACAGCCUCGACGAGGACCGCAUCCCCAAAAACAUUGAGCGCUACUACAACCACGAUGAUUCCGAUGAUGACUUCCACCCUCACGCCUCCGUCGCCCCCAAGUCAGGCAGCUUCUCCGCCGGAGCCGGAGAGUACCUCUCCCACCGCCUCGACCAUAACCUCUGCCCCGACGGCCCCGAAGAGCCCCCCCACCCCCUCCCGGAGUUUAUUGGUAGCGGUGGCGGCACUGGCAUCUUCAAGGUCCCCGUCCGCGCCGGAGUCCACCCGGGUCGGCCGCCCUGUCUCGAGCUGAGGCCUCAUCCGCUGAGGGAGACUCAGGUUGGGAAAUUCCUGAGGACCAUUGCUUGUACGGAAACCCAGUUGUGGGCUGGUCAGGAAGCUGGGGUUAGGGUUUGGAAUAUGACUGAGGCCUAUGAGCCUGGUUGGGGGGUUGGAGGCAGAAUCCGGAGGGGAGAUGAAGAUGCGGCCCCUUUUUUCGAGUCCGUCAACAUAUCGCCCACCAUGUGUUUGAUCGUUGAUUCUGCGAAUAGGUUGGUUUGGAGCGGGCACAAGGAUGGGAAAAUUAGGUCUUGGAAAAUGGAUCAGACUUUGGAGGAAAACCCUUUCAAGGAGGGUUUGUCAUGGCAGGCGCAUCGGGGCCCUGUUUUCUGCUUGACUCUAUCAUCUUAUGGGGAUCUAUGGUCAGGUUCUGAGGGUGGUGUUAUUAAAAUCUGGCCAUGGGAAUCCAUGGAAAAAUCUCUUUCUUUAACACAAGAGGAAAGACACAUGGCUGCUCUACUAGUGGAGAGGUCAUUCAUUGAUCUCAGAAGCCAAGUCACUGUCAAUGGUGUCUGUAAUAUAUCUUCUUCAGAUGUCAAAUGUUUGGUAUCAGAUAAAGUUAGAGCUAAAGUAUGGUGUGCUGGAGCUGUGUCCUUCUCACUAUGGGAUGCUCGGACGAGGGAACUCUUGAAGGUAUUUAACAUAGAAGGUCAGAUAGAGAAUCGAGUUGAUGUGCAAUCAGGCACAGAUCAACCGGUGGAAGAUGAGAUGAAGGUCAAGUUUGUUUCCACAUCAAAAAAAGAGAAGCCCCAGGGGUUUCUGCAAAGGUCCCGUAAUGCUAUAAUGGGAGCUGCAGACGCUGUUCGCAGAGUUGCUAAGGGGGCAGGGGCAUUUGCAGAAGACAACAAAAGAACUGAGGCGUUAACACUCACUGCAGAUGGAAUGAUUUGGAGUGGCUGCACUAAUGGCUUCAUUGUGCAGUGGGAUGGAAAUGGCAAUCGUUUGCAGGAUUUCCAGCACCAUCCUUAUGGUGUUCAAUGCUUUUGCGCAUUUGGGGAACGAGUAUAUGUUGGAUAUUUGAGUGGUAUGGUCCAAGUGUUGGACCUUGAGGGAAACCUGAUUGCAGGAUGGGUUGCUCACAGUAGUCCAGUGAUAAAAAUGGCCAUUGGAGCUGAUUAUAUUUUCAGCUUGGCUACUCAUGGUGGCAUACGCGGAUGGAACAUUGCAUCUCCAGGACCUCUUGACACUAUAUUGAGAUCAGAACUGGCAGCAAAAGAAACAAUAUGCACAAGACGAGAUAAUUUUAAGAUCUUAGUUGGCACAUGGAAUGUUGGUCAGGGAAGAGCUUCCCCUGAAGGACUUAAAUCAUGGUUGGGUUCUCAAGCAACAGAUGUUGGAAUUGUUGUUGUUGGGUUGCAAGAAGUGGAAAUGGGGGCUGGUUUUCUCGCCAUGUCUGCUGCGAAAGAAACCGUUGGACUUGAAGGGAGUUCUAUUGGGCAAUGGUGGCUGGACACAAUAGGAAAGAGCUUAGAUGAAGGAACUACCUUUGAGCGCAUGGGCUCUAGGCAGCUGGCAGGCUUGCUCAUAGCUAUAUGGGUAAGAAAGAACCUUAGAACACAUGCUGGAGACAUUGAUGCUGCAGCAGUUCCAUGUGGGUUUGGUCGUGCAAUUGGUAAUAAGGGAGGUGUAGGUUUGAGGCUACGAGUCUAUGAUCGGAUAAUGUGCUUUGUUAACUGUCAUUUAGCUGCACAUUUGGAGGCAGUCAAUCGUCGCAAUGCUGAUUUUGAUCAUAUCUAUAGGACCAUGGUUUUCAGCCGGUCAUCAAACCUGCUCAACACUGCAGCUGGUAUGGUGAAAUACCUGUUUUUGUCUUUGUCUCUUGCCUUCCUCACAUAUUUAUUUUGCCUGGUUUCUUCUUCUGGCUUGCCUUUGGUCCUCACUGUUGCAGCUGGUGUCACAACUGCCGUUCAAAUGAUUCGUGGUUCAAAUGUUGGCGGUCUCAACGCUGAAGAGGUGAAGCCAGAGCUCUCUGAUGCAGACAUGGUUGUGUUUCUUGGUGAUUUUAAUUACCGGCUUCAUAGUAUAUCUUAUGACGAAGCAAGGGACUUUGUUUCCCAAAGAUGCUUUGACUGGCUUAGAGAAAAGGAUCAGCUAAGGGCUGAGAUGAAGGCAGGGAAGGUUUUCCAGGGAAUGCGUGAGGCACUCAUCAGAUUCCCUCCAACCUAUAAAUUUGAAAGGCACCAGGCUGGUUUAGCAGGGUAUGAUUCUGGAGAAAAGAAGCGAAUUCCUGCCUGGUGUGACAGAAUAUUAUAUCGUGACAACCGGGCUGCUGCAGUGUCAGAGUGCAGUUUAGAGUGCCCUGUAGUUGCUUCAAUUUUGCAGUAUGAAGCUUGCAUGGAGGUGACUGAUAGCGAUCACAAGCCUGUACGUUGUAAAUUUAAUGUUGAAAUCGCCCAUGUUGAUAGAUCAGUAAGGAGACAGGAGUUUGGAGAGAUAGUCAGAUCUGAGAAAAUCAGAACUGUGCUUGAAGAAUUUCUUCGUGUUCCAGAAACCAUUGUUAGCUCUAACAGCAUAAGCCUUCAAAACCAGGAGACAGCAAUUCUAAAAAUCACCAACAAAUGUAGGCAGGAGCAGGCUGUGUUUCAGAUCAUUUGUGAAGGCCUGUCCACAGUCAAGGAGGAAGGACAUGGAUCUGAGCAUCGUCCAAGAGGGUCCUAUGGCUUUCCUAGAUGGCUUGAGGUCACACCAGCAGCGGGCAUGAUCAAACCUGAUCAGUUUGAGGAGGUUUCAGUCCGCCAUGAAGAACACCAGACACAGGAAGACUCUGCUGAUGGCAUCCCCCAGAACUGGUGGUCUGAAGACACCCGAGAUAAGGAAGUGCUUUUAGUGGUGAGAGUAAGAGGAAGUCGCUCAACUGAGACAAAAACUCACCAAGUGAGCGUGCGCCACACCUUCACUGCUGCUAAGCCAGCCCGCAUAGACUCAAAAUCCAAAAACUCUAAAAAGAUCCAUGGAGGAGGCUCCAUUAACCGGUCUGACUUCAGGCAGCUCAGCAGCUCCUCUGAUGUCCAUGAUGAUCAUCGAUAUUUGCAUAGCCCCUGAGGUAACAAAGAAACUGAAGUGUUAGGCAGUAAAUAUAUGACAUCACUUGUGGAGUGCUAAGGGAGUGAUCAACUGAUGCUAUAGAAGCAGCCAUUUCCUCUUCUGGAAGUAGUCAUCAACAUCUUAAUGUAAAUACCAUGGAGCCUGCUAUUAUCACCAUUCCUUAUAUUUAUUAUCAGGUGCAAAAUUUUCGAUUCUUCCAUUCUUUAACUAAAGUUUUCUAGUCAAAGCACAGCACAUUGUAAUUUUCUUGGACAGACUAUUUGUUCAAGAAUAUAGAAAGAAAUAUAAAAAGCAGCAGAAGUAACGUGACA